AUGGCACAUAGUCUUAUUUCGGAGCUUUCAAUUGGAGAUACAGGCGCCAAGAUUUGCGCAAGGGUUUCUAGGCUGUGGGACUUCUGCGAUGUAAAUGAUGACACAAAAAUUAUACACAGCAACAUGGUCCUCCUAGAUGAAAAGGGAGCCAGUAUACAUGCACAGGUUUAUCCACCAACAGCUCAAAGGCUCAAGUCAAUGUUACAUGAAGGGAAGGUUUACUAUAUUGACUCCUUCUGUGUCAAACAAGCUACUAGGACAUAUAGGCCAGUAGGGAAUGAUUUAAUGCUAUCAUUAACAAAGUGGACAUCCUUUGAAGAACGCAUCCAUGUUCCUGAUCAAUUUCCUGUUGUCACGUUCCCGCUCACGCUGUUCGAAGACAUUUCCUCUUUCGUUGAUAGAAAUCUCUUCUAUGUUGAUGUUAUGGGUCUGAUCACCCAAAUAGGCGACACAACUGUACUCCGGCCUAAAUCUAGAAAUGCUGACAGCCUGAAGAGAACUCUGCAGAUUUGCAAUGCAAGCGGCUCAACGCUACCGGUGACGUUGUGGGGACAGAGGGCUGCUGCCUUUGAUGCAGAGAGUAUAUACAAGGCUGGGCAAACACAACCUCAGGUUGCAGUGUUUAUAGGUACACUUGUCAAAAACUAUAGAGGCAUAGGGCUGACAGUUACUGGGAGUGCACCCUGCAAGUGGUACAUCAAUCUUGAUACACCGGAAGCUCUUAAACUAAAACAAAGGUACAAGAUUGUUCUUACAGCUGCUGAUAAUACUGCCAGCACCACUUUUAUCAUCUUUGGCAAAACAGCGCAGCGCCUUAUUCGUAGACCUGUUGAGUCUCUAAUUGAAGAAAACCCAACAGACAAAGAUUUUAUCCCAGAUGAAAUCUUACGUCUUACUGAUCAGUCUUUUACAUGGAAUUCUGAUAGUCCUGACCAAAAAACCGCAAAGCACCUGUCUAAUCCAUCGUCUGCUACACCAACCAUGCCUGCAUCAGGAACAAAGUCUACACAGUCCUCUGUAAUAGCAAAAACCAGUGCAAACAAAAGAACACGGUCUACAUCUCCAGCUCCAGCUGCAAAAAAUUUGUUCAAACAGAGUGGUACCGACUCAAGCGAGUAA